UUCUCGGUAGCUUUGUGCUGGCAGUGUGGGUUGGUUUUGGUUUUUCUUCUAACUUGGUUGAGACAUUUCGAAAUCUAGACAGCGACUCAGCGAGAGGUUUUUAUUUGUGUUAGUUUAAAACAAAUUCCUAAAAAUAUAUUCAUAUAAUGUAUGUAAUGUCUGUUGCAUCACCAAUUGAUCCGCAAUUCCGUUGGUACGAAGGUUGCCAUUGAAGUAUUGGGACGUUGUUUAUCCGCACGCGCCUUGUCUCGCUGAUGCUGCAUUCAGAUGGGUAGCCCAAAAUAAUGGGUGUGUCGUAUUCUCCAUCUUUCCUUUUACCUUGAACGCAGCACGAUACAUGUUUUCACGUCCAGUUGCCACAUUCUGUUGUAGUGUGCUUCGUGUUGUGCUGAGGCUGAGGGUUAGGUGCAGCCUAUGCCCAUAGAAAGAGAGAAGCGCACUCCGUAGUUUCAAGUGAAAGCCUAGACAUGCCCGAUUCUGUAUCGAGCGAAAGCGGUUCCAGGGUUUCGGACCCACAACAUUCCCAGAAACUCCUCCGGGUCCUUCGCACCUUCUGGCAAGAGCAAAGUUUCCACGACGCGCUGCUGGUGGUGGAUGGAGAGGAGCUGGCUGUCCAGAAGAACAUCCUGGCCGCUGCCAGCCCUUAUGUCAGGACCAAGCUGAACUACAAUCCCCCAAAGGAAGAUGGGUCUACAUACAGAAUCGAGCUGCAGGGGGUCUCCAUGGCCAUCAUGAAGCAGAUCCUGGACUACAUCUUCAGCGGUGACAUCACUUUGAGCGAGGAGACCAUCCAGGACAUGGUGCAGGCGUCCGACAUGCUCCUCAUGACCGACCUCAAGAACCUGUGCUGCCAGUUCUUAGAGAGCUGCAUCGCCGCAGAGAACUGCAUCGGCAUCCGCCUCUUCUCUCUGCACUACUGCCUUCACCACGUCCACUAUGCCGCCACCGAGUUCCUGCAGACGCACUUCGGCGACGUGGCGCGCACCGAGGAGUUCAGGGAGUUGCCCCCGAGCCGGCUCUGCGAACUGCUGGCCAUGGAGAAGCUGAACGUGGGCAACGAGAAGCACGUGCUGGAGGCUGUGGUGCGGUGGUACGCACAUGACCCGGUGGAGCGCAAGGUCCACAUGACGGAGGUGAUGUCUGCAGUAUGGCUGCAGGGCCUGGACGUGAGCUACCUGAGGGAGCAGGCCAUGGGGGAGCCGCUGAUGAGGGAGGUGAUCAGAGAGUACUGCCAGCAGGUGGUGGCUGGCGGCGCGCUGCAGGGCGAGGCCAUGCUCGCCGCCUUCAAACCCCGAGGUUACUCGGAGUGUAUCGUCGUCGCCGGAGGGGAGGAUCGCAAGUGAGUCACCGCCUUUAUGUUUCAGCGUCAUUUAUCAUCUCUCAAUGGAAGCAUGUCUGGAGAUAUCACAAUACAUCAUAACAUUGUCCUAAUUGAUAAUAGUAUACUAACUGACAUUUUUAGAAGAUCUGAUUAUUUUGCACAAAAGUUCUUACUUUAAUAAGUAUUCAU